UACUUGUUUCUUCAAGCUCCCCCCCACUCUGCACGUUGUGGUUUUUAUUUAAUAUUAAUACCCUCUGUGUCCUUCUUGCUCCUGGAGCAACCUACCUUAUCGACAACAACAACACUGAGGAAACGCGUAACAAACUAAGCGCUCAAAAAUCUCCACACUCUAAAUCUAAAACUAGAAAAACCGCGUUUCGUUUCGUUUGGGUUUUGCUCGCCAUGCACUUUCACAACCGGCCUACUCGCAGCUUUUUCUCUCCGAUUGCCCCCAUUUCAUAAUUCUGGUUUUUGAAAUUCAAACCCACAGAUAUCUACAUUCUUCUCUUUCAAUUCACAGCGGAAAAUUAAGCGUAGCCGUUGAUUGGAGAAUCAGAUGGGCGUGGACUUCUACAACGUGCUGAGAGUGAACCGGGACGCGACCCAGGAGGACCUGAAGAAGGCGUACAAGAGGUUGGCGAUGAGGUGGCACCCGGACAAGAACCCAGUUGACAACGAAGGAGCAGAGGCCAAGUUCAAGCAAGUUUGCCAGGCCUACGAUGUCCUCAGCGACCCCCAGAGGCGUCAGAUCUAUGACAUCUACGGCGAGGAAGGGCUCAAUUAUGGUGACCCAGAUGAUAUUUUUGCCGAGUUCUUCGGUGGAUCUGGGGACAGAGACAGGGUGUUUAAGAAGAAGAACAGCGUUAAUGGUAGUUAUGGCGGUGGUGGUGGCGGGAAAAGUAAGAAGCUUGCGGCGAUUGAGAGUAAGUUGGUGUGUAGUUUGGAGGAUUUGUACAAAGGGACCAGAAGGAAGAUGAGGAUUUCAAGAACUGUUCCUGAUGAAUUUGGUAAGCCGAAGACAGUUGAGGAAAUCUUAAAGAUAGACAUCAAGCCUGGUUGGAAGAAGGGUACGAAAAUCACCUUCCCAGAGAAAGGCAACCAAGAACCAGGAGUCUCUCCGGCAGAUCUUAUAUUCGUGGUCGAUGAAAAACCCCAUGGUGUUUUUAAGAGGGAUGGGAAUGACCUUGUGGUCACUCAGAAGUUAUCUCUACUCGAGGCUCUCACGGGGGCUUUCGUCAAUCUGACAACCUUAGACGGAAGGAUUCUGAUGAUCCCAGUGAGAGAUAUAAUUAAACCUGGUCAUGAGGAAUUGAUCCCUAAUGAGGGAAUGCCCAUCUCAAAAGAUCCCACCAAGAAAGGAAACCUCAGGAUCAAGUUUGACGUCGUCUUUCCAUCGAAGCUGAGUGCAGAACAGAAAAGUGAUCUGAGAAGGGUGCUUGGUCGAGCCGAUUAAUUCCUAGUUUGAUCAGAGUUCAUGCCUAACUUGGAUGCCAAGUCCAUUAACUCUAAUUGGCAAAUUAAGAUAAAUUUUGUAAAUAUUUAAUGUUUCCACUGCUUAAUUGUGCAUACUAGGAAGCAAAGGUUUUAGGGUUGGAUGGGGCCUUCCAUUUCAAAUUAAUCAGUGUAAUAGCAAAAUAGCUAUUAGUCCUUUCCUUUUUGAGAAUGAUGGAAAAACCAUUUGUAUAAUGUGUUUUUUUUCUUCAUAAAUGAUGAACUGGUUUUAGCUUCAA